CAUAACUUUUCACCAAAUCAACGCUGCCAUUUCGUCGUUCUCCUCUCCCAUUGCUGCAAAGCAAGAAAGCAAGCAGCUCGAUCGAGGAGAGGAGAUUGCCAAUGGCAAAUUACCACAGGAUCCACCCGGUGGGCGUCGGCUCGCCUUCGCCGGCGCCGGAGUACCAGCAGCAGCAGGGCGGCAAGGGGAGGAAGCCGAGCUAUGGCGAGAAGGAGCUGCCGAUCACCGCGCCACAGCCGUACGCGCCGGCGCCCCUGUCGCCGCCGGGGCGGCGGAGCAGGAGCCACGGGCGCCGGUGCUGCCGCUGCGUGUGCUGGACGCUGCUCGCCGUGCUCGUCCUCGCCGUCGCGCUCGGCGCCACGGCGGGGAUCCUGUACGCCGUGUUCAAGCCCAAGAUACCGGACUUCCGCGUGGACAGGCUCACCGUGACGCGGUUCGACGUGAACGCGACGUCCAUGACGGUGAGCGACGCGUUCGAGGUGGAGGUGACGUCGACGAACCCGAACAGGCGGAUCGGCAUCUACUACGACGGCGGGGAGGUGACGGCGUCGUUCAACGGCACGGAGCUGUGCCGCGGCGGCUUCCCGGCGCUGUACCAGGGGCACCGGAGCACGGUGCGCCCGCUCAUCCGGCUCGCCGGCGAGACGAGGCUGGACAGCGCCGUGGCCACGCAGCUGGCCCGGCAGCAGCAGGACGGGUUCGUGCCGCUGACGGUGUGGGCGCGCGUUCCGAUCCGCAUCAAGUUCGGCGCCGUCAAGCUGUGGAAGAUGACCGGGAAGGCGACGUGCAGCCUGGUGGUCGACAACCUCCAGGUCGGCAGGCAGCUUCGCAUCCGCUCCAACAACUGCAGCUUCAAGCUCAAGGUCUGAGAUUUUUCAGCUCGGCCGGCUCGAGCUCGUAGCUGCACAUGCACGCGAUCGAUCGCGCGGUUCAUCUCCAUUUCUGUGAAUCCAUCCGUUGAGUUGAGAUUAGCAGGUGGUAGACGACGGCUAUUUACCGAUACAGCAGUACUUAAAAGUUUUUGUGAAUUCAUUGUUCUUGGGCAGCUCUCUUGGUGAAAAAAUUGGAAAAAUAGGCCUUCGUGGUGUUUCGCAGAUUUGCAGGGUAGGUUUAAUAAACUCAGAUGUAUAUAUGAAAAAUACAUGUGCUGUGAAUUUGCUUGAAAAUCAGAAUAAAGAUG